AUGGACAUGACCUACACGCUCUUCACCUCACAGGCGCAGAGGCCACCGUCAUCCAAGGUAUUGAGGAGCAGGACUCCACACUGGAGUCGAGGCAACCGGCCGUACGGAUGGCACCAAGGACUACGACCACGGCACACGCGGUUCGACCCUCUAAGAUUCACAACCUCCACCGGCGCCCUUCCCUCUGCCACCAACGUCGCCUCGUUCCAGAGUGGUCAUCGGCCGGCAGUGGCAUCAGUCAUCCCCAUCGGCCGUCGCCCAUUGUCCAGCAAGGGCCUAAACCCACCUGACUCCCUGCAAUCUCAACAUGCAUCACUUCGUCUGUACGUCAGUCAGUUGAGAUAUGUGAGAAGACCGAUUGAAAAACAGAACAAAAGCAGAGGUCCUGAAGGCAACAAUAAUUUGCUCAAGUGUGGACAACUGUGCAUGAAUGAGCUUCACAUGCCAUUUGGAAGAAACAUCAGCCUGUUGUAAACUUAUGUUGAUGGAUACAUUUGCACAUGUUGUAAAGGACCCAAUUAGACUGACGUACGAUUUUCUUAGCCUACUUGAGACAAUAGUUUUUGUUCUGAUCUGUAAGAGUUGAUCAAAGAUAUGCUAUAAGAUGUUGUAUGCACAUUCUAAUUUUUCAUCUGAAACUUGUAUACAAGGUUAUUUGGGAUGAAGAUGAUAACACUAG